AGCCGCUUCUCCUCAAGACACGGCUGCGCGGGUGUGCGCGAACACAUUUCUGGGGGCGCCAGCACGGGCGAGCAGGCCAGUCGCCGCGAUGUGCAGGUACUCGAGCCCCUCGGAGCACGCGUCCGCGUGGCUCCGGCGCUUCGAGGACGCGCUGCUGGCCCGCGACGUCGAGGCCGUGACGGGGCUCUUCGCCCCGGACUGCUACUGGCGGGACCUCGUGGCUUUCACGUGGAACAUCUCAGAGACCAUGGAGGGCCGCGACGCCAUCGGCCACAUGGUCGCGGCGACGCUGGACAACGUCCAGCCCUCCGGCUGGACCCUGGUGGGCGAGGCCUCGGAGUCGGACGGCGUGAUCGAGGCCCAGAUCACGUUCGAGACGGCGGUGGCGCGCGGCUCGGGCCACAUCAAGCUCGGCGAGGAGGGCUGCUGGACGCUGAGCACAGCCGCGCAGGCCCUCAAAGGCCACGAGGAGCGGCGCGGCCCGUUCAGGAGCGCGGGGGCGCCGUACGGCGCGCGCCGCGGCGGGGCUGUGCAGGACGGGCGCUCCGAGGCGGAGCCAUACGUCGUCGUCGUCGGGGGCAGCCAGGCGGGCAUCGCCCUGGGGGCGCGCCUCGCAGCGCUCGGCGUGCCGCACGUGGUGCUCGAGAGCAGCGCGCGCGCGGGGGACAAGUGGCGCACGCGCUACGACGCCCUUUCGCUGCACGACCCCGUCUGGUGCACGCACCUGCCCUACAUGCAGUUCCCGGAGACGUGGCCAGUCUAUCCCAGCAAGGAUCAGGUUGCGGACUGGCUGGAGAUGUACGUGAAGGUCAUGGGCGUCAAUUACUGGACCAAUGCGAGGUGCACGGCCGCCACUUGGGACAGCGCGGCGCGGGAGUGGGCCGUGACGGUUGAGCGGGAUGGUGAGACCGUGCGGUUGGCACCGAAACAACUCGUGUUGGCAACCGGUCUCUACGGGCUCCCGAGCAUGCCCACCUUCGAGGGGGAGCAGGAGUUUCGCCAGGACCGCGAGGUGAUCCACUCCUCCAGCUUCGUCUCGGGCGCGGCCUACGCCGGGAAGCGGGUCGUGGUGGUCGGGUGCGGCACGUCCGCCCACGACAUUUGCGCCGACCUGCACUCCCACGGCGCGUGCGCCACCAUGGUGCAGCGGUCUUCCACCACCAUUCGGGAUACGCUCUGCGACGUCCUGUGCGGCGACCUGUACUCUGAGGCGGCCGUGGAGAAGGGCAUAGACCCGGAGAAGGCCGACCUGAUCUUCGCGUCCAUCCCGUACCGCCCGCUCGCGGAAGCUCAGAGGGUGGCGUGCGCCAAGAUGCAGGAGCUGGACGCGGGCAUCCUCGACAGGCUGCGGCAGAGGGGGUUCCUCAUCGACUUCGGCGAGGACGGCACCGGGAACUUCAUGAAGUUCGUGCGGGCAGGCAAGGGGUAUUACUUUGACUGCGGAGCCUCCGAGCUGAUCGCCAGCGGCGAGGUCGGCCUGAAGGUGGGCCAGAUCGCCAGGCUCUCUGGCCAGGGCGUCGUGAUGGAGGACGGGGCCGUGCUGCCCGCCGACGCCGUGAUCCUCGCCACGGGCUACGGGCCAAUCAACGACCUCGCCGCGCAGUUCCUGGGCAGAGAGGUCACCACGAGGCUCGGGAAGGUCUGGGGCCUGGGCUCGGGCACCCCUGGCGACCCGGGCCCCUGGGAGGGCGAGCUCCGGAACAUGUGGAAGCCCACGCAGGUGGAGGGGCUGUGGGUGCACGGCGGCAACCUGCAGAUGAACAGGAGCUACUCGCUCUACCUCGCGCUCCAGCUGCAGGCCCGCGCGCUGGGCCUGCAGACGCAGGUCUACGGGCUGCAGGAGGUCCACCACGCCGCCUGACCCAGGGGCGCGCGGCGCGCCCGUGCCUCCGAGGGGCAGGGCGCCGCCCUGCCGCGCUGUCGGCGCCCCACCCGCGCCCUGAGAUCCAGUCGUCGUCGUCGUCGUCGACGACGACGGCGGCGCGCGAUGUUGCCUCGUUUCGGGCCCUCGGGAAUUGUUUUGGCUGUCCUCCGGUGCUGAGCGGUCGUUGCCCUCCCCCCUGGGUGACGGGGCGGCUUCUUCGUGGCGUUGGAUCUCAAGGGAGCUGCGCCGCGCGGGCGCAGAGAGCGGCGGGCCCGGCCUUGCAGAAGAGGGCGUGUCGUCCGACCCCACUCGGGCCCGCGGAGUUCCGGGGACCAUCGCGCGCGCGCGCAGCCCGCCAACCCGACCACAUCGUGGCCGCGGCGCUGGUGCCUCUGGCGCCGCGCUGCCUGUUGCUGCGGGCUUCCGCUCGCCGCACUGUCCCCUGCUGCGACUGCGCCGCCAGCUCCCGCACGGCAGGCCAGGUUCCGCAGGCAUGGCCGCGCUGCGGAGGGACCGCCGACGCGGCAUCUUACAGCGCCUCCGGUCAAGGAGCACCGGAGGCAGAGUGCGGUCGGCCCGGCUUCCUCGGCACGCCUCCCGAGCGGGCAGCCGCGCCCAGACGGAGGGCGAGGCCGCCAUGCCGUGCUUGGGACCAUGGGCGCUUUGAAUUCACUUCCAGAGCAGAUGUCUGCAGAAUGCACCCGUGCAUCGCCACAAUGACGGCCCUGGCCACGCAUGAUGGUGGUGUAUAAUGUGGCACCUGUGGUGUAGGACUGCAGGACGCACGCGUUGGGCAACCGCCGGCGCCAGUCAGGAAUUGAAAUCUUAGCGCGUCGCGUUUCCCCCAAGCCGGUCCAGACACGAUCAUUGGGCGAUUUCGUUGGGAGGAGCACUAGUGAAAAUCAA